AUGGGUACCAAUUCACUGAAAAUAUUAGUGGCUCUUUUGCUCACAGCAGCAUCCAUGGAAUCAGCUCAUGCUAUACCAGCUGUAGAUCCCAAUGUUGAUACGCCCACCAAAGCUCACGAGCUUGUCUCCCGUGCCGCUCCCUCAGAGCCCAUUCUAACAAACACCGCUGUUGCUACCAGUGCUGAAGCUUACACGAAUUGCUGUCAGUGGGAUGAAAUUGAAGAUGGCCGUCUAAGGUUCACUUUGAAUCUCGCCGGUUGGGGAAACAAAAAUCAUCAAAAGAAUCACACAAUUUCCGACGACAAGAACUGCGCUCUUGAACUGUUUGAUGAAAUAUCCUCCUUCACCGACUAUGUUCAAAAAAUAGAGGAUUGGAUGUGUGUUCCCUCUUACGGUGCUCUCAGAGACACCUUUGUGACUUUCAAUCUCAACAUUUUGACACCUAGUCCUGUGCUUUGGGCUUUAAACACAGUAGAUCCAAUCCCUGAAGAAUGGAAAUGCAUUAUGCCGGUGAAGAAGGAAGAACAUACCUGGUAUUGUAAACCGCAACAGUUGAAUAUUUGA